GAACAGCCCAAUUCUAUGUACCGUUCCAUGUUGUAGUUCAGUUAAGCUUGGAAUUACAUAAGCGACGUUUACACAUUCGGCAAUGGCAGUUCGUGGUCCAGCAUUGUUCACUUGCGCUCAACAAAUGACUUCAGACAGCGGCGAAGAAAAGACGGUAGAGGAAGGUACGAUGACUAUGGAGGAGAGAAAGGCAAAGAUGGAGCAACUGAGAGCAAAGAUGCGUUCAACGACGAAAGCGAAUCGCGCCUCUCUCAUUGAAGAGUCUGCCAAAGCCAAGAUGACAGCGAGAGAUGCUGCACGGCUAGAACGGCAGCGGAAACUUGCGGAGGUCUUACGCAUGCAGGCUGAAGCUGAGGAUCGAGGAGAGGACGUGGAGCGGCAGAAGAACUGGGAAUGGACGAUAGAGGAUAAUGAUAAUUGGGAAAAGAAGAAAGCGAGGAAGGCACGGAGAGCAGAUUACGAGUUUCACGAUGAUGUUCACGCGGCUCGACGGCGCUACAAGAAAGACCUUGACCUCAUCAAACCUGACCUUGCUGCAUACAACCGACAGAAGGAGGCCGUACUAGGAUUGGCACCAGGGUCUCUAUCAAAGUCUGGGAGUAGUACGCCGUCGUCAUCUGCUCUCACAACAUUUGAUCCUUCGGGCGGACAGGUGGUUCCAUCACCCGAACAACGGAUGGCUGCAGAGAGUUUCUACCGGGAUGCCAAUACUCUACUGUACGCUGACAACAAGCCUACUGAAGACGCCAUCGAUAGAGUGGUUGGCAAGAUCAACAGAGACAUUGACAAGAAAGGCAAAUUCUCGCGAAAGAGACUCAAUGAGGAUGAGGGCGACAUUACCUACAUCAAUGAGCGGAAUCGGGUGUUCAACAAAAAGAUUGCGCGGUACUACGACAAAUAUACCUCGGAGAUUCGGGCCAGUUUCGAGCGGGGAACGGCACUAUGAUGGUAUGACUAUGGACCGCCAGAAUGUCAUUCACCUCCCUCGCUGCACAUGUAUUCAGACCACAUGCAUUUAUUUACUUUCAUCCUAUAACAUUAUUGAGAUUUAUACAAUU